AUGUAUUUUCGAAGCACUCAACUAUAUGUGAUAUUAACAGACUGUAACAAAAACUUAUGUUUAGCACUCACUUGUCAUCCUUUACUUGAUCUCCGCAAUGGAUACAUUAGAACACCGGGCGACUUUCUGUUUGGUUCAAAUGCAGAAUACGGUUGCAAUGAGGGAUAUAUUCUAAUUGGACCGUCUCAACGCAGGUGUCAGGGAAACAGAGAAUGGAGUGGUACAAAACCUGAAUGUCGAUUACUGAUGAAGUGUGGUCCACCACCUGAAAUUCCAUACGCUCAACACGAUGGUAAUUCAUAUAGUGGUCAAUAUGAUCUGGAUACAGAGGUACAAUACACGUGUGUUCCUGGUUACCAUCGGUACAACCACAAAGGCAUCACAAUCGCGAAAUGUUUAUUGAACCGGUCAGGUGCGGCGCAAUGGUUUGGGCCUGACCUUCGAUGCAAAGGUCAGUUUCCGUUCCUUUUAAUGACCAUUGCAGCCAUCAUUUUUCCAGCUAUUAAAUAUUAA